AUGAAGAAGGAAGUGGAUUUUAACCUAUGUUAUGAAGAAGAGAAGAAAAAUUUAAUAGGGUUAUUAAUUGAGAACAAUUUUGAUGAAGUAUUUGAACCCUUGACUAGCGAAAGUUUGCGUUUUUUUUUACCUUUGAAUGGUUUAUGUUUAAUAGAUUAUCAGUUACAUUUUUUUAAACAGAACAAUAUAAAGAAGAUUUAUGUAGUUGUAACUCAUCAUGAAAAUGAAUUAUUAAAUUAUAUUGAGAAGUUUCAAAGGAGUAAGAAGAGAUAUAAUGAUUUAGAUAUAGAAAUAAUAAAAAUGAAUAAAAAAGUAAAAACUUUAGGAGAUGCAUUAAGAGAUUUUAAAAAGAGUGUUGAAGUAUACAAUGAUAUAUUAUUAUUACUUUCAGAUACUAUUCCAAUAGCUAAUGUGAAAGAAAUUAUUAAAGCUCAUUUUACUAAUAAGGAAAAAUGUAAAAAUCAAAUUAUGACAUUAAUUUUAUCCCAUUGUAGUGCUGAAAAUAAAUCUCAUAAUGAUGAUUAUGUUUUAGCAUAUGAUAAUUUUACUUUUAAGCUUUUAUUAUUUGAACCAUUAAAGAAAAAGAAGCAUUUUACUUUAACAAAUGACAUUUUUAAAGAUAUAAAUAUAAAAGAUAGGAAAGGUUGUCGUUAUGAGGAAAAGGGUUUAUUUAAAGGAGGAAAUAAGGGUUUAAUUAAUAAUCAUCAUCAUCACCAUCAUUAUGUUAAUAUGGAUGGUGAUCAUAAUAUUGAUGGGUAUAAUAAUAUGUAUAAUAAUAAUAAUAAUAAUAAUAAUAGUAAUAAUCGUAGAGGUAGUCUUUAUUCAAGGGGUACUGUUUAUCAUAGAGAUAGUGUUUUCCCCAGAGAUAGUAUAUAUCCAAGAGACAGUAUAUAUGUAAGAGAUAGUAUUUUUCCAAGAGAAAGUAUAUAUGUAAGAGAUAGUAUAUAUGCAAGGGGAAGUAUAAACCCUAGGGAGAGUAUUUACCAGAGAAGUAGUAAUUACCAUAUGGAUAAUAAUCAUAAUAUGGAAUGCCAUAGUCUUAUUGAUAACCAUCAAGAUAUGGAAUGUCAUAACUUACGUACUAAUUCUCAUGGAAUGGAUUAUCGUGAACUUUUUAAUAAUUAUCAUGACAUGGAUAUUCAUCAUUAUAGUAGAAAUAGACGUGCAUCUUUUAUUUUAAAUGCAUGUUCAAAUUCAAUUAUCAUUUCAUAUGAUCUUGUAAUACCAAAUAUAUAUAUAAUUACUCCACAAGUUCUGAAAUUAUUUGAAGAUAAUUUUGAUUAUCAAUGUAUAAAAAAAGAUUUUAUAUAUAAUAUACUUAAACAAGAAAUAAAAAUAGAAGAGAUUUAUGUUCAUGAAAUAAAUGGUGAUUAUAAUUAUACCGAAUGUAAUAAUAUUAUUACUACUUUAUCAGAUUUUCGAAUAUAUUUUAAAUUUUUUAAAAUGUUAAUUGAAAAAAAUGUACAUCCUUUUCUUGCCAAUGCUUUUCAUCUACUUCCUGAACAGCCAAAACGCAUUUUGACUGACCUAGGUUUAUAUAAGCAUAAAACUGCAAUUGUUCAUGAUACAUGCAAAUUAUAUAAAAUUGUUUUAGUAGAAAAAUUUAGUGAAAUAUUAGAAAAUACUACUAUUGAAAAUUCAGUUAUAGGAAAAAAUUGUAAAAUAGGAAAAAAUUGUAAAAUCUUUAAUACCAUAAUAGCCAAUAAUUGUAUUAUUAAAGAUAAUGUUACUAUAUUAAGUUCAUUUAUUAAUGAAAAUGUAAUUAUAAAUGACAAUGCAUUUGUUGAUGAAUGUUGUGUUAUUGGAAAGCAUAUCAAUAUACCAAGCAAUGUGGAAAUUCCAAAAUAUACUAGACUCAGUGCAUAUUAUACAAAUUAUAUUAAAGAUAAGUUACAGUUAGAAAAGAAAAAUAAAGAAGAAGAUAUACUAGAAGAAGAACAUCGAAAAGUACGAGAUAUCGAAGAAUCUCAAAAUGAUAUAACCAAUGUUAAAGAAGAAGAUACUAUAGAUAAUCAAGACACUUUUGAAAAUGAAAAAGAGGUUUCUGAUAUUAUAUGCCAUGAACAUAUGCAAAGGGAAGAAAAUGAUUAUGUAAUUAUUGAUCAGGAAAAUGUAAAAAGGGAGGAUAAGGAAUAUGUUAUUGUUGACCAAACUCAUGGUGAUAUGAAUGGAUCCAUAAACAAUGAAAUGUUAGAUCAUACAGCUGAUGAAAAACUCACAGUUGAAAUCAAUGCAGAUCAACAUUUAAUAUGUGAUGAUAAGGAAGUGACAAAUGUAUUAUCUGAUAAGAAUGAAGAACAAAACAACAAAUUUGUUCAUAUUGUGAAUGACUUUCAAAAUAAUGAACCAUUAGAUAUAAAUACAGAAAAGAUUAAUAUAUCAGGUGAUCAAAAUAUUUCCAAUGAAAUUAAACCAUGUAAAGAUGAUAUUUUUAAUGAGAAUGAAAGUUUUAUAUUAAAUAUAGAAAAACCAUUUGAUAUAAAUAAUUAUAUAGUAAAAACAAAAUAUACAGAUGAACAAUUAAGAUUUUUUUCAUUAAUUGGUAAUACACAAAUGAAUACUAAUACUCCCUAUAUUUCAUCAUCAGAAUAUGAUGAUUCAGAAGAUGAUGAAGAAGAAAAUGAAGAAAGUGAGGAAGAGGAGGAAGAUGAAGAAAAUUAUGAUUCAGUAUAUUCAACAACCAAAAAUCAUAGUACUAUUUUAACUGAUGAUAAUACAAGUGAUGAUAAGGGAGCAGAAUUAUUUCAUGAGGAUUCAGUAAAUAUGAGUGAUAUAAAUAAACAUUUUAAUGAUAUUAAUAUAGAUAAUGAAAAAAAUAUUUUCUCUAAAGAAAUUUCUUUAUUAUGUAAAGAAGCUAUUAAUAAACCACAAUUUAUGAGUCAUAAAAUCUUAGAAAUGAAAAGUUUUAGACUUUCAUUAAAUUAUACAGAUCUUGAUGUUCUUGUGGCGAUUUUUCCUAUUAUAUGGGAAUAUAUAAAUCAAUUACCUUUUGAUAAAGAGUCAUGGAUAGAAAAUUUUGAUAAUGCAAAAUUAGAUAUGUUAUUUUCAUCUUUCUUAAUAGAAGAUCAAUGUUAUUAUGAAACUUUAUAUGAUUUAAUAUUAGAUUAUUCAAAAAAAACGUAUCUAUCAUCUAAUGUAAAAAAUAAUAUCUUUGGAUCUGAUAAGUUAUGUAAUGCAUUCGAGUAUAUCUAUCACUCAGACAUAUUUGAAUUUAACUAUUUCAACGAGUGGAUAAAUAAGAAUGCGUCUGAUGAGUUUUUGAAAAACAACAUGCGAUUAAAAGCUUUUGCUGAGUGGUUAGAAGAUGAAUAA